AUGACCUCGAUAUACGCUUUCAAGACUUUUCUCAUAGGCUUGGUCUGCUGGGUUGUGUUGAGGGAGGCUUUCGGGUGGCGAUUGCAGUUGGCAACAGAUAUCUCCAUCGUAGCUGUCACGCUGAUCGUGCAACCGCCGUUCCUGUUCAAUCCACGCUCUGCCAUUGACUCACGCAAGAGGCUCAUCGGUUUCUCAUAUUGCCUGGCUGCUCUCGUACUGGAUGCUUCAGACUGGGCUGUGCUCCGGGCGAUUGGCAUCGACGCAGAUGUCAUGGCCGAGACGGUAGCAUAUCCCAUAACCGCCAUAAUUGUCGCCCCUUGUGAGCCUAUAGGUGGGGUCUCAAGUCCCAGGCUUGGCCUGGAGCUGGUCCUCUUAGCGGCCUCAGGGUUGUUCGCGCAGAUCUGCUUGUUCAUGGCCAUGCAAAGAGAGACUGCCGGAACGGUCGGAGUGAUAGCAUUCUCACAAAUCCCCUUGUCCGCCUUGGUGCAGGCGUACGUACUUGGUCGACCUCCGAAUGCGCUCUCGCUCCUGGGCAUGACCGCCAUUCUGACAUCGGGCGCAUGGGCAGUGGGCGCUGAGGAGCGAGAGAAGGAAAGGAAACGCGUCGAGCGGUCCUUGAUGAUCACCAAACAACCGAGGGGAGAUGAAGAUAGCCGAGAUGUCAAUCGAUUGGGAAUGUUAGAUUACAGAGGCAAAAGCCGCAGCGUCCUGUUUCGCCUGUAUAUACAGCUCAUGAUGGACCACGCCUUCUGA